CAGCCCGGCCGGGGGCGCUGGGCUCGUCGCUGAGGCCGCGGACGCCAAAGGAGGAAGCUCGGCAGCUGGAGCGUCCCCUGGGGACACGCAGCGGCCCGGACUCCGUGGCUCCGGUGGGCGCCGUCAGGCCUCCUCUGCCCUCCCCCCCGAUCUUCCCGGUGACCCCAGCCGAGCGCCCGAGCGCAGCGGGGCGCUGUGGCCCGGGGCGAACCAGGCCGGCCGGCCAGCCGCGCAGCCCGCCGCCAUGGAGCCCAGGCCCGCCGCGCCGCGGCCUCGCUUGUGCGACUCUCUCGGCGCGGACCAGACACCCUCGGCCUCUACGCUGAACGCGGCCCGGGCCGAGGCUCGGCCAGCUGGGCGCCGCGCUCCCGCAGUGGCUGCGGUGUUGCCGGCGGGGGGUAGUGGGGAGCGCAUGGGCGUCCCCACCCCGAAGCAGUUCUGUCCCGUCCUGGAGAGGCCGCUCAUCAGCUACACGCUGCAGGCCCUGGAGAGAGUAUGUUGGAUAAAGGACAUUGUUGUUGCAGUAACUGGAGAGAACAUGGAAGCAAUGAAGGGUAUCAUUCAGAAGUACCAGCAUCAACGCAUCUCACUGGUUGAAGCUGGAGUGACCCGUCACAGGUCAAUUUUCAAUGGACUCAAAGCACUGGCAGAGGACCAGCCUGACUCUAAACUGUCUAAGCCAGAAGUUGUGAUAAUCCAUGAUGCUGUGAGACCAUUUGUUGAAGAAGAUGUCCUUCUUAAGGUUGUCACAGCUGCUAAGGAAUAUGGGGCAGCAGGAGCAAUUCGACCUCUUGUAUCUACUGUAAUCAGUCCAUCUGCUGAUGGUUGCUUAGACCAUUCACUAGAACGUGCCAGACACAGAGCAAGUGAAAUGCCACAGGCUUUUCUAUUUGAUGUGAUCUACGAAGCAUAUCAGCAGUGUAGUGACUAUGACUUGGAAUUUGGAACUGAAUGUUUACAGUUGGCUCUAAAAUAUGGUCACAUUAAAGCCAAACUUGUGGAAGGAUCACCUGACCUCUGGAAGGUGACCUACAAACGAGAUCUGUAUGCAGCUGAAUCGAUUAUUAAGGAAAGAAUUUCACAGCACAUUUGCCUGAUUAUGGACACAAAAGAUGAGAAUCAUGUAGGUCAUCGUCUUGAAGAAGUACUAAAAGACGAAUUAAAUCAUGUAAAAGUCACGUCUCGACUUCCAUGUCACACUGGCAGAGAUCUUGAUCAAAUCGUGUCAGAGCAGUGCUACAGUUACGUUUGCGUGAAUGUUAUGACCUCUGAUUUUGAGGAAAUCCGGAAGUUAGUGAAUAUGCUGGAAGAGAGUAAUCUUUCCAUUUUAUAUCCUGUUGUUGUUAUUUCAGUGUAUUUUCUUGAUUAUAAAUCAGUACCUUUUGAUCAGAAAAUGGAAAACCUAAUGCAGAUUAGGGAAUAUGCAAAGGAAGUGAAAAAAAGAAAUAUUUUAUUAUGUGGCCUUCUUAUAUAUUAUCCACAGGACGAGCAGAAGCUCCAGGAAAGUUUAAGGCAAGGUGCUACGAUUAUUGCCACCUUAAUCAAAGAAAGAAAUUCUGGACUUGUUGGUCAGCUCCUGGUAGCAUGAAGAACACAGAGAUAAUUACUUAUUGGGUUUUAGAAACAUUUAUCUAGGUAUCUCUGCUGUGCUCCCUCCCUAUUAUAUGUAGUGGCAUGUUUAUAUUGUCUUUUAUGUCUCAUAAUUGAUGGGAUGUGAUGUUUGGGUUAAAAAAGUGGAUCAUUGUUUAUAUCUAUAUAAUAAAAAUAUACUUUUGUGCAUGUCAAAUAUAAAUCGAAUCAGAUAAUUGCUUUCACAUAAUCUUUGCACAAAAGCAUAAAAGAUUGAAUAGAAAUAAUGACGGCUGAGCUAAUCAUCCUCGAAAUGAGAAUUCAGAAAACAACCAUGAUCUUAUCUCUGUGUUAAUUAGCAAAUCACAUUGUCUUGAUACUAAAAGAUAUGACUUAGAAUUAUUCUUAAUACUAAAAUUGUCUUCUUUCCAUGUGAUAUUUUGACCUGUAUUCUAAUUUUCCACACCUUAAAAAAUAAAAGAGGAGAUAACAGGGAACUCUGGUUGAGAUAUUUUCACCGUUGGGCCCACAUUACUCUAGGUCCAUAAAGAAGAUGUAAUCCUCUCCUAUUUUCCGUUUUAAAAUUGUAUGUUUUUCUUGGUUUACGAAAAAUAAUCUUGACUCACUUUGAAUGGUCUCUGAUUUUUCUGGAUACAUUUAAAAGAAGACUGGAAAUCCCCAUGAAAGUGAAAUUAUUUUGGUCAAUCCCAAAUUAGUCUUUUUUGAAAAGGAGGGAGUCAUUGCAUCUUCAAGAAUUAAAUUAUUUUUUGAUACAGAUACUGCUGUUGUUUAAAAUCAAGUUUUCAAUCUUUCAAAUUUCCCCUGGUAUAUUCACCUUAAAUGUGUAAAUGAUUUUCCCUAAAACUAAAUUUUACAAUUAUGUACAUCCAAUCAUUAGAGAUAACUUUUAUUCUAUAUUUACAUUUACUUUAUAAAACACAUUAGAUCAGAUUCCAAGACUUAGGUUACAUGUGGAAACUAUAAAAGCUGCAGGAGAUGUUAUCAGUUGAAGAUCAACUGUGAAAUACCUACCUUACGGAAUUUCUUAACAAGUUGGAUGAUUUUCUUUAUUUUUCUCAAGGAUCUAUUUUGGUGGGAGAGUUGAUGUUUUACAUUUCAGUAAUAGUAGAAUAUAGUGGACCUGGAGUUAUUACUAUAAUUCAUUCUCUUAAAUGAAAUGUAUUGUUUCAGUGUAGCUUGGAUGUAAAUUUCUGGGCUUGCCACUUUUUUCCUCUCUCUCUAGGGAUGUUAAGAAAUAUAAAAUAAAUGAUAUAAUUCAAAUUCUUGAGGAUGAAAAUAUAUGGAUAAUGUGUAGAUUUUUGGUUAGAAUGCCUACGUCAUUGUUAAGGUGGUGGGUUGGCUGUGUUGCGAAAGGUUCACACCUGCACCUUUUUAAGUCUUCAGGUGAAAAUGUUUUAAGAAUUUGGAAGUGCUUAUAAAGGCAAAUAGGGAAAUGUUAUCCAGGUUUUAAAGAGAAAGUGCCUUUGAGUAAAAGGCAAGAAUCAGCCUAUCUAUGACACAGCAAAACUAUUCUAUCGAUUGAGUGCUAGUUAAGUUACCUUAGAUUCCAACUUAUUUAUGGACUGUUAUGCAAGAUGAAAAUUUAUCUAGGAGCAAUGACUGUGAGUUUACCCUAGGCAAUUGGAAUAGUGUAAUGAAGUUUUAGUUAAUAUUAAAUUGUGCAUGAAAUAAUUACCAUCAUCAUCAUCACCUUAUCAUAGCAUUCAAUCUUUUUCUUUACAGUUUAUAAAGUGAUUCACAGCUUUGAAAAUAAUUUAAAGAAGUCUUCUCACAUCCUUGACUGCUUAGAUGGAACUGGAGGUUCAGGGAUCUUUAACUGCCUUGUCCACAGCCGUGGGGCUGCGUAGUGACAAAAAGUAGGGAUUAAACUCAGGACCACUCAUACUUCCAUAGGAGGAAUAUAUGUGCACACCUUGACUUUGGGAUUCACCGUGUAAGCUGCUCUGACCAGCAGAGUGAGGCACAAGUGGCUUGUGUAUGCCUGAGACUAGACUUAAGAGACUUUGCAUGUUGCCACUUGCUCCGUUCCGCUCUUGCUCCCACCAUGAGAUGAACAUGUCCUACCUGGCCUGGUGUCUCCAAAGGAAAAUAAAAGCCCAGAUCAGCUGAUGUCCAGAUAAUCAACAAAUGGAUGAAGAGGCCCGGCUGAGAGCAGCAGGGUUCCCCAGGCCAGUUCAGGUGACCUCCACCAGACAGUUUUCCCCUCAAUAUUCUUGAAACUUCUCUCAAGAGGAACAUUUUUUUUUCUUCACCGUUUGCGUGGUACAUGCUCUCUGAACAAUAUUUGGCGGUGCAAUAUUUGGAGGGACUUCCACAUGCCUGAGUCUUGAGCUAGAAGAAAAGGAUUUAGGAACUUGACCUCUUGCAUCUGAAAGAUUGCCAAGAUCUUGCUUAAAGCAUACCAACCUACAUUAAUCCCUGCUGAAAGUAUCAUGCAAGAUUUCAUCUUCCUUUUAAAUUAAGCAUAUCUUACCAGUCAUCUCUUUCUGCCUUCAACCUUGGCCUGAAUUAUAUCUCUGGCUUUCCUGGUUCUCCAGUUUGCAGACAGCAGAUUGUGAGACUUGACCUCCAUAACCUCUAUUUUGUUUUAUUGUUUUUCCUGAGAAUUUCUACAAAUUUACCAAUGAAAUUGUACCUGGCCUCCUUGUGAAAUAAUUCUUGACAUGGGAUCAAGAGCAAGAAGAUUCAACUCAAAGAGAGAUAUCGCAGGACUUACCUUAGCAGUGCAAUCACCAACACAGACAAGAGAAGAGAAAUCACUGGAUUGGGGAGAGUUUGGAGAGGAGAGUCAAAUGAGUGAUGAAGUCAAUUUUAGUUUGAAUUCAAAGAAACCGAACAAAAAUGAAUGGGAAAAGAAUUGCAUCAUGUGCUUCAUGACCUCUUAAAAUGGGUUGCAUUGAAAAGGUUCCUCUCCCUUGGGCUUAUGUCCAGAGAAGCCUCUGAACCCAAUUAGCCUUGCUUUCCUUCACCUCUGCUUCUUCAGGACUUUUCAGAAUUUCUCAAGCAUUAAGGUGCAUAUUGAAUGUACUUGCUGACCCGUUUGUGGUUGUAGAGACCAUGUUACAAGUGCUGGCUGGAAUGAUGAUAAGAGAAGUCUCUGAAUGACUGAUGAACAGAAGCCCUCUGCCCCACUGAUAGACCUGUCACAUAAACAUUAAAAACAAAGGCAGCUGGUGGAAGCCAUUGGACUGCAGGAUCUGCUACUUGAAGCACAACACCACAGGAGGCUUUUUUUCUGUCUCUGACAAUCGGGAUUAGUGCAAAAAGAGGUUUGAUAAGACUAAACAGUCCAAAGAUUUGACAGUCCUGACACCUGGCAUAUGAAAGAUGGAAUUCCUGAAUGGAAAUUAUUCUUAUUGAACUUCUCUGAAGAGUUUGCCUGGAAAGAAGUAUCUUUUCCAACGCCAGUACAUUCUCGGCGCUCCUUCAACUGGCUGAAAAAUGAGCUUUAAGGUCAGGGUGGGUCUCUUGGAAAGAUUCCUGCUGAAAUGGUGAUUACUUAUUUUUCCUGAUGUUUUCUUGGCACAUGGAACAACUUUGAAAACGAAACUGAUGAAUAUAAUUAGGUAUAUAUUGAAGAGACCCAUUCUGCCAUUCAGCAGUGGCUCCUUUCAGGAGGCAGUAAGAUGAAUACGGACAGCUCUACCCUUACGCACUCUCGAUUUCUGAGGAAAAGAACAUGCUCUUCCUAUUGUCUAUGUCAGAAUUUCUGGAUUCUGAUUAGCCUGAUUUGUCUUGCACCAAUCCCGUUCCCAGGGCAUGAAAUACUUGGAUUGUCCAAGCCAGGGUCACGUUCCCAACCUGGAGGCCAGGUUCCAGAUUACUGGGUUAUUAAAAAAGGAUAAAAAACAAAAACCCAGUGAAGAAUUAUACAGGGCCAGGUCCCCAACAAAGGAGCUUCUGUUCACACGGAGUUUGGGGCCUGGCCAUUGGCACAUGGCAGCGUUCUGGUUCGCCAACCUGGAAACUCCCAAAUCCCAUACUACUGGGAUUUUUACGGAGGCCUUCUCAGGUUCUUGCUGCUCAUUCACUGUGGACCCAGUUUCCUGAUGACAAUGAUGGCCCAUGGAUGUAAACUCAUCUGUCAGCAGUAUUUUCAUGACCAUUUUGUAAAAUUAGAGCACUGUCCAGAAUAAUAAAUGAAAUUCAGGGAAAUGGGAAAACCAAAGCUUGACAUGAUCCAUCCAGAAUGUACUUCCUGCCUUUUGAACACCAAGUAAAUUUUCUUUGGAGACUCUUCUUAAGUGUCCAUCUCAAUUAAACCUUCAAGGCCCUCCUUCAAGACAGAGUUAGAGAUGCGUCCCUCUGUGCUCUCAUUUGAGCACUGAGCCAAUUACAAAGCAGGAGCUGUUAUCUCGAUCCACUACUCAUGUGCUAUGAAGAGUUCUCAUUGGCCUUUGCUUGUUAAGAACCAACUCAUUCUGAUAGGUGCCUAUGGAAACAGGGAGCUGCUGUUGCCUGUUGGGACCUCGUUUGAUAAUGUUCAGCUGUGAACGCUCAACAUUUAACCUGCUGGAAGUCUCAAUAAAUGUAUAUUAACUGUUGACUGACUAUACUAAAUGAAUAAAUGAAGUUUGUUCGUGUAUCAACAGUGCUGUGUUUUCUUCCGUGUCACAGCCACCAGCAGUUUGGAGAACGGGGAAGGCUGAACUGUAUUAAUAUCAACAAACGUGGUUUGCCCCUGAUUAUACUUGUGACCUUGUGCAGGGGACUUCCCUCUCUAGACCCUGCUUUUCUCCUCUGUAGAGUGAGGGAAUUAAACCGGGUAAUCUCCAGAGUCCCUUGCUACUAUUCCAUCCAGUGAUUUGUGUGUGAUGUAGCACGUGUUCUGAUAUUCCUUACAAUAUUCGGGGCCAGCCGACUAACCACUCACUCCUCAAAGACUACACGAGCUGAGAGUUUAAUAGGUAAGUAGAAAAGAAUGCAAAAGUAAGGGUUUUCUCCUAUUCGCAGCCUGAGCGGCUUUUUAGUUUAUAUUUCCCGUGGCUAAGAGAGUAAAGAGUGGAACUAAGAGCAUCAGAAAAUAUUUUUUGUGAGCACAGGACAAUAUUUUAUUUAGAUCGGUUAAUGGGAUAAUGGUUGGUUUUAUUCACAGGAAGGAAUAUGCUUUUCAUAUUCAUAAGGUAUUAGUGACUCCAGACCCAUUUAAUUUCUACACAUCUGUUAAGUACAGAAAAAGGAAACCUAAUGAUCUAACAGAAAAACACACUUAAGGCUAACAUUUGGUUCCCAGACCUAUCAUUCUCUUUGCCAAAAUGAAGUUACUGAAGCUUUCAUAGUAAUUGUUGUGACUGAGCAGAGCAAAGGGACUCAUGUACAUUCAUGCUGGUAUGUAUACACAUGUAUUUGCACCUCACAAGCCCAUAUUAGAACUUGCUAUUUAUUUCCUGAAUGAAGCCUAAAUUAGAUAGUGAUACUCGGCAUUGUUGCUGAGAAAUGGAUUCACAAUGUGUUCUUGUUUAAAACAGAGACAAUGAGUAGACAGCGACACAAGCGCAUUAAAUUACUCUGCCCCAAUUUAUUUUUUAGAGCAGUUCUUGCUGAAAGGUCUUUCAGGAAGACAAGGACAUUCAGGAAGUAACCCUUAGUCUCUGUGGACGAAUGUGUUUAUUGAGAGCAUGCUUGGUGAGAGGUAUACAGACUCUGGUCUUAAAGCCCCUGUUCCAGCUUUAUUUCCUUCUUGGUGAAACUUCCUCAGUUUCCUCAUCUGGAACAUAGGGUUCAUAUAGUAUGGCUGUGAGGAUCAGAUAGGAAAACAAUGUGGCUGCAGAAAGAAACAGUGGAAAAGGGCACAGAGAGGUCACUGUUAAGUCGAAACCAAAAACAGUUACUCCGUUACUGUUUUUAUUUUUCACAAAUUGCAUAAAUGCCUUGGCUGUCAGUAGCAAAUGUGAAAAUUACCUUGUCAUAGAGGCUCACAGUGUUCCUUUCUCCACACUAUAACAUAAUUGUCAUUAUAAUUUUACCACCACCAACAGCCAGGGUAGCUGUCCCUAUCCUCACCUCUGUGACACCUUCGUGUGACAGCAUACACCUGUGUGGCUUAUGCAUGAAAUUAGCUACACAAAUUGUGGAAUACAUGUACAGCUUAACUUGUUUUGCAAUAAUCUAAACAUUGCAAAUGUUAAGUGAAAAUCAAACCAAAGAUGAAAUAUGGGUGCCAUUUUUUGGUGACACGUAUCACAUUUCUGAUUAGUCUUCCAAUUUUAACAUCUCUACUUCUGACUUUGUAGAAGUUACAAAGUAAAAACUUUGUAACAUGUGCAUUGUAGGAGAAAGUGGUCAUUGGCUCCCAUCCACCUUUGUACUGCUCCACGAUGAUGCUACCUAGCCAGGAUAAACCCACGGUGGGAUGACAAAAGCAAUAUGGACUACCAAGAAAGGAAAUCACCAUAUUCCAGACUCUUUGCUGGUACCCUUUACCAGACAUACACCAUCAGCAGCCAGUUCUGUGAAUCUCGCAGUUGGUGAAUCCUGCUGGUGAGGUUCCCCGCCUCCUCUGCCUAUGCUUCCUUGGUAUCAAAAGUGCCUUCUGCGGCUUUACCUGUUGAACUUCUCUGAAGAAAAAAGUUCUUCCUCAUACCAUUAACACGUUUAUGGUUCCAGAGAAACGAAAUCUAAGCAUACAGCAAUGUAAGAAUCCAAAGUAGUAGAAGAUAAAUACCAGAGACAAAAUGGAUCCCAGGACCUCCUAUCUGGACUGUAGCAUUAUUUUGUGUAUUCAUUUAUUUGAAGAAGGGAAAUCUGCCUUCAUGAAGAAAAUGUACUGGUCGCAAGGAGUUGGACUGUUUUGAUCUUGCACGGCAAUUUCUCACUACAAAUUCAUUAACUGAGUGGAUUCCUAAGUGGCUUGAGUACAGUGAAUUUUUCAUCCUAUGUACAAAAAAAAAUUGCAACAGAAGGCAAUACAGCCAAGUAUUGAGGAAUGAGGGAAUUUGGUGAUUGGCCACUAGUGACUGGCAAACUGGGACAGCAGGAUCUUGAGUUUCCAACAGUGAGUCUCAUAGUUCAGACAUUCAGAGCCACACUAAACCUUCAGAUCUGUAUGCUGACUGAGAAAGUACAGAUGUGAUUGGAGCAUCAUUAUCCUAACUGCCAGCAGAAUUCUGCUAUACCCAAAGUCCUCCACAGGUCUUCCCAACUAGGAAAAGAAAAAAGGACAGAAGAGAGGCGUGAAAAGGAACAGUGGGCCAUCAGGAGAGAAGUGAACAAGUAGUCAACUCUAAGGUUCAUGAAUAAUGAACUACUGUGCUACCCCCUGAAGAAGUAUAGGAUAAAGUAAAGAUAUUGGACAACCAUCAUCAUUCCAGGACUAUUAUCCUGAUAUUCAGAGAAGGUGUACAACAUAGUGAUUCAACACUUCCACACAACAGCCGUUGCUCAUCACAAGUGCACUUCCUCACCCCCAUCACCAAAUACAGCCUACUUUGACAAGCCUGCUUGACCAAUUAGAUGGCCAAUGGAAGCUUGAAGCCAACAUUCCUUGCACAGCUCAGCUUGUUCAAGAUGGAGACAUAGGAUGAUACAUGUGUGAUACAUACAUAUGAAUAAUGGCCCUGGGAAAUCUGUUAUGGAAUGUCUGGCGCCUGUCGCUUGCUUGCAAUCUCUUUUUGCUUUUGUACCUUAUUCUUUGCCUCUAAGUAAUAGUCUCACAUUUGUGUUCUCUGUAGAGUCUGAUUAAAUGCUUUCAAAUAUCCACAUUGUGAAAAAAUCUUUGCAACCUGACAAAGGGCAUAUAUGAAAAACUAACAGUUUAUACUUAAUGGUGGAAGACUGAAUGCUUUACCUCUAAGAUUAGGAGCAAAGCAAGGUGGUACAUUUUCAUUAUUUCUAUUCAAUAUUAUACUGGAGAUUCUAGCCUGUGCAUUCAGGUAGAAAAAGAAAUAAAAGGCAGUGAUCUUUGUAAAAAACCCUAGAAAAUCUAUGAAGAAAGCUAUCAGAACUAGUAAAUGAAUUUAAUGAAAUUGCAAGGAUAAAAGAUCAAUUUACAAAAUUAAUUAUAUUUCUAUUGCAUUAGUAGUGAACAACUGGAAAUUGAUAUUAUGAAAAUAAUGCCACUUUUAAUGAUAUUAAAUAUAUGAAAUAUUUAGGUAGAAAUUUGACAAAAGACAUGUGAGUUCUACACACUGAAAAUUGGGAAACCUACCUGGGAUAAAAUAAAGUUCUGAAAAAUGGAGAAAUUUCUUAUAUUCAUAAUUUGAAUGACUCUGUAUUGUUAAGACAUCAUUUCUCUCCAAAUUCUUAUUUAGAUUCAAUGCAAUCUCAAUCAAAAUCUCAGUAGACUUUAUUUUGGAAAUUAAAAAUUUGUUUCUAAAAUUUAUAUGAAAUUACAAGACAUGUAAUUUUCAAAAGACACUGUUACCAAAAAAGAAAAAAAAAAAAAAAGCAAGCAAAGGCCUGGGGAAAAUACUUGCAUGACCUAUGAGAUUUUGUCUUGAAUAUAUAAAUAAUUAACCUAAUUCAAUAAUCAGAUAAUUAGACUAUAACACAAUUUAAAAUGGGUGAAAGAUUUUAACACUUUUGUUUUGAUUUUUACCUUUUUAUGUGGAUAAGUCCUGCAUAGCCUACAUUUCUUUGAGCUACCAGCACCCAUCACAGUUAGUAAAGAUGUUUUACAUGUGUCUAAACCUAUUGAGGAAAAUUUAAAUGAAAUCUGCUGCCAUAAAAUUUGAAUUUUUUUCUAUAGUCUUUAUGAAAGUUAUUAAUGGAAUAAACUAUUGUGAAUAUUCAGACUACUGACUACAGUAGUUAAGCAAUAGUAUAACACUCUUCCUGUUCAAUUUUGGUGUCUUUUGUGUUUGGUAGUCUAGACAUAGCCUGUGUUUCUUAGACAUGUUUAUAAAUGGAUUGGAAAGGUGGUCUAAAUAAAGGCAUUACUGAAAUACAAAGCA